AUGGACACUCAGAAGGAAGCUCUGCGCAGGAUCAUCAGUACAUUAGCCAGUAAGAACGAAGAGCUCCACAACUUCCUGGAAACAGUCGACAAAACACUGAUGGGGCUGCAGGAGGAGUCAUAUAAGGUGAUGUCAGAUCUAGAGGUGGAGCUUGAACGACUAAGCUCUGCACUAGAGGAGAAGGGGGCUGAGCUUCGUUGUGUCAUUAAGGAGGAGAAGCAGAGGAAAGAGGCGGAGCUUCAGAAGCAGCUGUCAGAGGGAAAGUGUGCUCUGCUGUCGUGCGAAGAACUGCUUGAAUUCGCAAAUCAAACACUGACGAUCAGCAAUGAAGAAGAAUUCCUAAAGGCUGCCAAACAAAUCAAAGAAAGGGUAACCAUGGCUCCAGCGUUCCGGCUGACAGCUCGUCCCACAGUGUCAGAGAACAUGUCGCAAUUUACCGUGGACUUUAGCAUGGAGAGGGCAGGACUUCAGCGACUUCACUUCCUGCCAGUUCCUAGAACUCCAGAGAUCGAUGUUUCCAGCUGUGUCAUUUGUGACAACACCGUCAAGGUGGCCUGGCAACCAGCCGGUGAGGCUGACAGCGAUAGUGACAUCAGUGUCAGUGGACCAAUUGAAUGCUAUGAACUUGAAUAUCGAAAAACAAACCGCGACAGCUCUCUGAGGGCCGCAGGGGAGGCAUGCUGGGAAAAAAUCCACAACAUCAGAGAGACAUACGUCACUGUCUCAGGUCUGAAAUUUGACUCUCAGUUCAUCAUCGUUAGGGUUCGAGCAAGAAACAAAAUGGCUGCCGGCGAGUUCUCUGAGCCCAUCACCAUGGAAACCAGAGCUUAUAAUUUUGGGUUUGAUGCAGCUACAGCUCACACUGAGCUGAAGGUUCAGGGCGACAUGGUGACCUGGGAGCCUCAGGGGGUCAAAGGUCAUGACCCCCGACUCAGAGGAAAAGAGAACAAAAGCAGCAGCAGAAGCGCCACACCCUCUCCCAGUAAGACAGCAGGAAGUCGAGCAGGACGCGACCGGUUUGCCGGAGAGUCAUACACCGUGCUGGGUGACCAGGAGAUGAUCGCCGGCUGUCACUACUGGGAGCUCCGCCCCCUGCUUGACUGGAAGUCAUUCAGUGUGGGCGUGGCCUACCGGGCAAACCUGGGCCGCUUCGACCAAUUAGGGAAGAGUGCUGGUUCAUGGUGUCUCCACGCCAGCCAAUGGCUGCAGAACUCGCUCGCUGCUAAGCACAACAAUCGAGCGAAGGCCCUGGAUUGGCCAUUGCCUGGGCGAAUUGGAAUCUACUGUGACUAUGACAACGGUGACUUAUUGUUCAUUGAUGUCGAUCGUCUUCAUCUUCUUCACUCCUUCAAAACAAAGUUCAGCCAGCCGCUCGUCCCCGCCUUCACCGUUUGGUGCGGUGGUAUCGCUAUAAAGACGGGCCUGCAGGUGCCGAGCUUUAUGGGUAAUUUCUUCUCCACCAAUCGGAUCCUCAGCAGCUUGUCACAUGGACUGCACUACAUCCUGCAGCACCUCGACCACCCAGGGACAUAUGCAAGGAUCCUGAUUGUGGACUUUGGCUCUAGACUCACCCAGCUCACUGAGCCAGCCUCCACCGGAGACCCGUCAGUUAAACUCCUGAAGUCUGCAGACGACACAACGGUCAUCAGCCUCAUCCGAGAUGGUGAUGAGUCUACAUACAGACCGGAGGUGGAACAGUUGGUCCUCUGGUGCAGUCAGAACAACCUGGAGCGGAACAUGCUCAAAACUGUGGAGCUCAGGAAGUUCAACCUUCCUCAGCAGCUGCUGAUCCAGUUCUACACAGGAACGGUCCAGUCUGUUCCAUGCACAUCCAUCGUCAUCUGGUUUGGGUCUGCCACCAAACAGGACAAGAACAUACUGCAGAGGACUAUAAGGGCUGCUGAGGAAAUCAUUGGUGCCUGA